GUCUCACACCCAUUCUUUUCUUCAUUGGCAUUUCCAAAUUCCCAUAUUCAAAAUAAUAGGUACCUUUCAACUAACUGCCUUAAAAAUUUAACAGACCGACAUACCUAUGUCCUGACAGCUAUCCCACCACAGUAAAACAGGAACGAGAUAAGAGAGAAAAUAUGGCGCACUCACUUAAAGGCCCUUCUCCCCAGGAGCACAACGGCAGCGGCCUGCGCAUCGGUAUCGUGCACGCGCGCUGGAACACCACCAUCAUCGAGCCCCUGGUCAAAGGCACCAAGGACAAGCUCCUGAGCUGCGGCGUCAAGGAGUCUAACAUUGUCGUGCAAUCCGUGCCUGGGUCGUGGGAGUUGCCCAUCGCCGUCCAGCGGAUGUACGCGGCCUCCCAAAUCCAACAAUCCAGCAGCGGCAGCGCCUCAGCCGGCGACUUACUCGGGGGCUCCACGAGCGACCUCCUAGCCUCUUCCUCUUCCUCCUCCGCGACCCAACCCUUCGACGCCAUCGUCGCCAUCGGCGUCCUGAUCAAGGGCGAGACCAUGCACUUCGAGUACAUCGCGGACGCCGUGUCCCACGGCCUCAUGCGGGUCGGCCUCGACCUCGGCGUCCCCGUCGUCUUCGGCGUCCUCACCGUCCUCGACGACGCCCAGGCCCAGGCCCGCGCCGGUCUCACCCCCGGAGGGCAUAACCACGGCGAGGACUGGGGCCUCGCGGCCGUCGAGCUAGGCGUCAAGCGUGGGGCCUGGGCUAGGGGUAAGCUGGAGUAGGCUUUAUUUUCACUGAGAAGCGGGGGGUUUUUUUUUUAAAAAAAAAGAGGGAAAAAAAGGAGAUGAAAUGAGAAAGAGUUGGUAGGUACAGUACCUGUAGAGGCUUGUUGGACGAAAGUGUAUAAGUCUCGACUAUUGACCUAACGGGCUGAAAC